CCUCCGGAAGAUUUAAGAAAAGCGAAGGACACACCAUUAGAGAGGAGCAUCGAGUUCUUUUGACGGGGUGGACUCUUCGCGCACCGACCGAGAUAUAGAGAGAGAGAGAGAGAGGGAGGGAAGCAAUUGAGACUCGGAGAAGAUGGGGUGGCUGGGCAGAUUUGUGGUGGCGGUGGCGUUCCUUGCCGUGGGGGUGAUAUUCUCGCCGGAGACAUUCGGAUCGGAGGGCAGCGGCGGCCGCCCGGGGAAGCUCGAGACGGGGCUGAAGCUGGCCCACCUCCUCUGCUUCGCCACCGCUUGGGGCGCCGCUCUCUGGGUCACCUUCAUCGGCGGCAUCAUCAUGUUCAAGAAUCUUCCGAGGCACAUGUUUGGUAACCUGCAGAGCAAGAUGUUUCCCGCGUAUUUCGCAUUGGUUGGGGCAUGCUGUGCAGUUUCUCUGGCUUCGUUCGGGUAUUUACAUCCAUGGAAGUCAGCUUCCACCACUGAGAAGUACCAGCUCGGGUUUCUCGCAUCUUCCUUUGCUUUCGACCUUGCAAACUUGUUGGUAUUUACUCCCAUGACUAUCCAGAUGAUGAAGCAAAGGCACAAGAUUGAAAGAGAAGCAAACAUUGGGGAGGAGAUUGGGUGGUCAAAGAACCAGGAAGCCGCGAAGGUCAACCCAGAACUCGCUGCAAUGAACAAGAAGUUUGGGAUGAUACAUGGGCUAUCGUCUCUUGCUAAUAUUAUGUCCUUCGGGAGUCUCGCUAUGCACUCGUGGUAUUUGGCUGGUAAGCUCAAUCUCUGAUUCAGUGUUCUCAUGGGGGGGAUUAUGCUUUCUGGUUGUAUGGACUCUAUCAGUUGAUAUAUUGAGGCCGAAAGUACAUGUUCUGGUUAUAUAGACAGAACCGACAUCAAUAGAUUGGUCAAGGACUUGUCAGGGGUCUUUCCUCCUAUAAGUUUUCUGAUUGUUUUCUUGUCUGAGUCAUGUAAAAGCGAUUGAUAUGCAAUUAAAAAAAACUAUACAAAUUGUUUACGAUUUUCUACUCUGUGAAAUCCCAAGGAAUAAAGGGUGCAAAGGUGCGUAAGUUUGACAUUA